UUGCCGUGUGACGUGGCACCCGGAAACCGGAAGUGCUGUUUGUGUUUUGGUUCUAAGGGGGAAGUUGCGAGAAGAAAGGAAGGAGGAGACGUGACGGGGUUGUUGAAAUUAUUUUCUUGGCUGCCCUGCCACCUCAUCCUUGUGUCCCCGGUUGGGUUUGUAAACAGCAGAAAGGUCUCCACGUCGGCUGGUUCUCAGCAAAGGUCCAGAUAGUGAAGUUUGGCAAAAAAAGGAAACCAGCGGAUCUGAUUAGGUCAUGGCCAGUCGAGGAGGAGCUACGAGACCCAAUGGACCCAACGCCGGGAACAAGAUCUGUCAGUUCAAGCUGGUUCUGCUGGGGGAGUCGGCCGUGGGGAAGUCCAGCCUAGUGCUUCGCUUUGUCAAGGGUCAGUUCCACGAAUUCCAGGAGAGCACAAUAGGAGCGGCCUUCCUCACCCAGACGGUGUGUCUGGACGACACAACGGUCAAGUUUGAAAUCUGGGACACGGCCGGUCAGGAGCGCUACCACAGUUUGGCCCCCAUGUACUACAGAGGAGCUCAGGCCGCCAUCGUGGUCUACGACAUCACAAACGAGGAGUCCUUUGUGCGAGCGAAGAACUGGGUGAAGGAGCUCCAGAGACAAGCCAGCCCCAACAUCGUCAUCGCCCUGUCGGGCAACAAGGCCGACCUGGCCAGCAAGAGAGCCGUGGACUUCCAGGAUGCCCAGUCCUAUGCGGACGACAACAGCCUACUCUUCAUGGAGACAUCAGCCAAGACCUCUAUGAACGUGAACGAGAUAUUUAUGGCUAUUG